GCGUAAACAAUAGAAAUUACUUUGCUCCGUCUAAGAGAUACUUAAAAAAUAGCGAAUUUCCUAUUUUGCAUCCAAAGUUUCAUCAUUCUUAGAUAAAUUUUACGGUUACGCGAUUGUUUGUUUAUAAGAAAAAAAUAUUUUGUGUAAAAAUAAAUUAUAAAAAAUUAGAAGGCUUUGAAGAAAAAGUGAAAGAAAUUUGUGUGUGUGUCAAAAAAUAAUAAAAAAAAUAGAAAAAAAAGAAAGAGAGAGUAAUUAAAAAUUAAAAUUAAUCAAAAAAAGUUAAUCAACGAGCAAUAAAUGCCGCAGACGAAGUACCAACAGGUACACACGGAGGACACGGACACAGACUCAUCGCACAGCAGGCAGUCAAGUAACGGCGGCAACGCAAAUAUUAUGGAAUCGCGAACGGCGACGCAGGGUGCAGGCGAUGCACCUUCAGCAGUUGUUCCAGCUUCGAGUCUGCCAGCCACUUAUUCGUCGCAGCAUCUCAUCAGCGGUUCGUCGGAAGAUGUGGGCGACAAGGAGCGAGGCGUUCCUGCGACGUUAGAUGCCAAUCCGGGCGCUGUCGGGUUCAUGAGUGUCCCCAAAAAGCAUAUGUUCACCGUGGUUGUGCUCUGCUUCAUAAAUCUCAUCAACUACAUGGAUCGCUUCACGAUUGCAGGUGUUUUGGAGGACUUGCAAAAAGAUUUCGGCAUCGAUGACGCUCUCGGUGGCUUCCUGCAAACAGCUUUUAUCCUUUCCUACAUGAUUUUCGCCCCAAUUUUCGGUUAUUUGGGCGAUCGAUACUCUCGCCGGGUCAUUAUGGGCUUCGGCAUCGCUUUGUGGUCGAUUACGACACUUCUCGGCUCUUAUAUGCCCAGUUUCACGUGGUUUGUGGUAUUUCGUGCCUUUGUUGGUAUCGGAGAAGCCUCUUACAGUACAAUUGCUCCCACAAUUAUCUCGGAUUUGUUCGUCAAGGACUUGAGAUCGAAAUUUUUGGCGCUAUUUUAUUUCGCAAUUCCCGUUGGAAGCGGUUUGGGAUAUAUCGUUGGAUCAGAGACCGCCAAUGCCCUUAACAGCUGGAGAUGGGCCUUACGAGUAACCCCAGCAUUGGGAAUUCUCGCGGUUAUUUUGUUAUUCUACUGCAGCGAGCCAGAACGAGGCGAAGCGGAAGGUUCUCACGCCAUGGAGGCAACUUCAUACACGGAAGACUUGAAAGCUCUUUGUAAAAACCCGAGUUUCAUGUUUUCGACGGGAGGUUUUACUUGUGUGGCGUUCGUUGCGGGAGCUCUUGCUUGGUGGGGUCCCAAAUAUAUGUUCCUCGGUCUCAAAACGCAGCCUGGAUAUGAAAAUAUCACACAAAAUGAGGUUUCCUUCAAUUUUGGCGUCGUUACCAUGAUCUCAGGCAUAAUUGGUGUCCCGCUCGGAUCUUAUUUAUCGCAAUUCCUUAUCAAACGCUAUCCGAGAUGCGAUCCGAUCAUUUGCGCCAGCGGAUUGAUUGUAAGUGCGCCAUUUAUGGCAGCGGCGAUGAUUCUUGUCACAGCAAAUGCCCCCAUAACGUACAUUUGUAUCUUCUUCGGGCAACUUAGUCUCAAUUUGAAUUGGGCCAUUGUGGCUGAUAUCUUACUUUACGUCGUCGUUCCAACUCGUCGCAGCACCGCCGAAGCCUUCCAAAUCCUCAUUUCGCAUGCUUUUGGUGACGCCGGCAGUCCUUACCUCGUUGGAGUCGUUUCCGAUGCCAUCAAAGUGACUUUAAGGACUUUACCAGCUGGUUUAGCGAUUGGAUUGCAGACUUAUGCGCAAGUUCAAGACGAAUCUUUUGUCACAUCCACGACAGUGGGUCCCAUUUCAUCGAGACCGAACGAUACGGAUGCCGUUAAAUUCAAGUCGCUGCAAUAUGCGCUCUUUAUCACGUGUUUCGUGGAAAUUUUGGGAGCAAUUUUCUUCCUCAUCACGGCGAGUUACAUCUUGCGCGACAAAUCACGAGCUGAAAGAGCGGUGCAAGGUCAAAUUUCAAGCAUUCAACUCACAGAAAGUGUCUCGGAUAAUUCUAAUAAUGCAUCACCCGUACAUUUUUCCUCCUCUUCCGCGUCACAACAUCAUCAUUACAAUCACCAAAGACAUCAAAAUCUUUAAAAAAUAAGUUUUUUCUGUGAUAUUUCGCGCCAAAUGAAGAGAGCCAAAUAACUGAGAGCCACGAAUCAACUAGUCAAUCACUCGACAACUCAACAAUCUACAAUCCUGAUUUGUAAACUUCGCAUCACAUCGUAGACAAGAGGGUAUUAACAAAGACAAUUAAGUUGAUAAUUAUUUAAAAAAAAAAUUAAAUAAAAAAAAAUUAUUUGGACAAAAAAUGAACUGAAAUUGUUAAAAAAAAAAUUAAUAUUAAAUUAUUAGGAGAAAAAAAUGUACAGAAAAUUGGAUAGAAAUUAGUAUGAUUUAAAAAAUUUCCUCUCGAAAGACUGCCAUCCAAUCACUUAGUUUUAUAGAAACAUGCCUAUAAAUAAAAAAAAUACUUAGAAAAUAGUUUUAGCGUAAAUAAAAUAAAAAAAUACUAAAAGAAAAAGUAACCGUUUUAAAGUUACACUCAAAAAAUUGUCAACUGUAAAUAAUUUUUUUCUGUAAAACUUUGCAAGAAAAAAAAUGUAAUUAAUUUUAUAAAAGUUGCCUUUUUGUGUAAUUAUUUAAAUAAAAAAAAAACUAAAUAAAUUAAUGAAAGAAAAGUUGGAAAUAAUUAGUCUGGAGAAAAAAUUGGUUUGCUUGAGAAGAUAUUAAGAAAGAAAAAUGGGGAAAAUUGGGUGAUUUAAAAUAAUUUAAUUUUUAAUUUAAGGAAAAAAAAUUAAAAAAUGACUUUUUAUUUAAAAAAAUUAAAUUUUUAAUAUUGAAAGGUUAAAAUUAUAGUUUAUAAGCAAAAA